UCAAUACAACUUUCCCUUGCCAAUCGUUCAUGUACCUCAACUUACAGACCUACUCUGAGAGCUUAAAAUUACAUCUAGGAAUGAAGAUUUAUACUUUCUCCUUCUUCUACUACUUCUUCCCUCCUUCUCCCCCUCCUCGUCCUCGUUCUUAUUCUUCGCCUCCUUCGCCCUCCUGACCUUUCCUCCUAACUUGCCAUCUCGCCCCUCCCUUCCCCUUGCCGCCCUCCAUCACAGCUCGAGCCUAGAGUCGGCGAGUGUCGCACCGGACGUGUGUAUUCUUCGAAGUAGCAAGACAAGUCCGCGCUGUGUGAGGCUUUUUCCAGUGUAGUCCCGGCAGAGAGCGGCGCGGCUGCCAGGCGAGCGCUCCACAGUGACGGCCAGUUCAGUGCUGGACGCAAAGAAGACGGUGCCAACUCUGAUCUCGCGGUGGUGUCGCGCUCAGGAUCCCAGUACAAGUUCCCGCAAUCGAUCGAGUAAAAUACAAUAGUACAAGAUAAACGCAUAAAUAAAUAAACACAAACAGUUGCGAGAAUCCAUUGUCAGAAAAUAAAUGGAACUGGAACUUGCCUUGAACAAUUUCGACGCGGUGCAACAAGAAUUCUGUAAAACUAAAAUAACAUAACCAAGCACCCCUUUCAACAUUACCGCUGACACCAUUACUUAACGUUGCAACACACAAAAGACUAACGCAGCGGAUUAGGAAGGAGAGGGUGCCGGACAAAUCACCUAAUGAACUCAGGAAACCAACAGUGAACAGAGAAACAGAACAGGAUAUUACAGUAAAACCUUGAGUGUGUUCCUGCUAUACAAAGGGACAAGAGGGGAUUUAGAGGGUGGAAGCUGCCAUCCAAUCCUCCUCCUCCUCUUUUCUCUCCUCCUCUUCCUGCUCCUCCUCCUAGUCCCGCCCCUUCCCCUCAAUCCUCACUUCCCCAUGUGGUUGUUAGAAGCCUCGAGGCAGCACCGGCCGGAGUCUGCCAACUGAGGCUGAAGCUAAACUACAGCGUGCAGAGAUGAAGAUGGCGUGGGAGCACCUGGAGGUCGUCGCGGUGCUUUGUCUCCUCAUCCAAGGCCCAGCAGUGGUAGACGGCGGGACGGAAGCGGAGAUUAUCAGGGCGCUGGAGGAGACGCAGAAGGAGGUGGCAUGGAAGUACAUCCCCUUGAGUGGGCCGAGCUUUGACAUGGCUCACACCAAGAACAUCACCGUGCAGCUGGACAAGACGGCGGUGCUCAACUGCCGCAUCAAGUACCUGGGCGGCAAGACGGUGUCGUGGAUGAGAACGAGGGACCUGCACCUGCUGACGGUGGGGCGCUUCACCUACACCUCGGACGACCGCUUCAAGUCCAUCCACCAGCCCGGCUCGGAGGACUGGCUGCUCAAGAUACACUACGCCCAGCACCGCGACGCCGGGGCCUAUGAGUGCCAGAUCUCCACCACGCCGCCCCUCUCCACGGCCGUCUGGCUCACUGUUGUCGAACCAGAAACCCGAGUGCUGGGCGGCCCGGACCUACACGUCAAUUCUGGCUCAACCAUCAACCUGACCUGCAUCGUCAACCACAGCCCCGACCCGCCGCCCUUCAUCUUCUGGUACCACGAGAGUGAGCUCCUCUCCUACGACUCCCCCCGCGGCGGCAUCACGGUGGUCACGGAGCACGGGCCGACCUCCUCCUCCAGGCUCCUCAUCCAGCGCGCCACCCCGAAGGACGCCGGCCGCUACACCUGCCACCCCGCCAACUCGGAGCCCCACCACAUCGUCGUGCACAUCAUACACAACGAACACCCGGCGGCCAUCCACCACAAGAAUGGCACCUCCGCAGCCCCUUCCCUCCACACCUGCCAGGGCCGCCUCCCCGCCGCCUCUUUCCUCCUCACCCUUGCCCUCACCCUGCUGUUCAUCCUCUCCUCCUGUGAUGGCGGGGAGGUGCUGCACGGGCGGGUGUCGGCCGUCGCCUGCUGCCUACCCUCCCAAACGGCUCGCCAUGAACGCAUGCCGGAAGACAGGGACGACGGGGAUAGUGAAAGUACAAGGCUGCUCAGUCACUAGUGAGUUUCUCUUACACAGGCCAGCGCUGUGCGGCCCGCGGGGAGUGUUGCAAGGAGGAACGUGUACUAGAUGUGCCUUCCCUAUUUUAAUGGAGCACAGAAACAACUCCAGUAAGAUGAGCCAGGUGGCUAAUGGGGAUGUCUAGUGUAUCGCGUUCACCCAAGGACCCAGUGGUCCACGCAGCCAACGUUUACAGUUUAUAGGUGUAUCAUGUAUCGCCCUCCUUGCUCUCCCCGCCGCCGGGCAUCACUUGUUGCUGACUGUGACUUUCCACGGGACCCUCGCAAGGCCAAAGGAGCUUAAGAGUUUGUUCUUCCUCCAUGGAAGAAUCACGUCCACGUCACCUCAUCAGGGUGAAGACGCCGGAAGAGGGAAUCCUCACACCGCCCACUGCCGCUGCCCAGCAGCAGGUGGGCGUGAAUUCCCUGCACUCCCGAGUGCCAAAUGGAGCUGAGCCGGCACCCGAGAAGACUUGGAAAUUACUCCUGUCAAGGAGUUUGUCAUGUGUGUGUUUGAGCUCUAUUGAGCUUCGCCUAAGCGGCUUACUACGAACGGUGAACCCAGCAAGCCGCGUGUCAGCACCUACAUUGAUCCGACCAGACCAUGAGAGGAACUUGGCACGAUAAGUCACAAAUUCUGGACAGUGUCGGGCUUCGUAAUGUGACACUAAAUAGCAAUGACGUCACAUCAAGGAAAUUAAUAUUGAUCCAAGAGUGUGUUGAAGAGGACCAGCGGGGCACCCGGCGCCUCAACGGCAAGCUGUUGUCAGCCAAAACCAGCAGCCGGCAAGCUGUUGUCAGCCAGAAGCAGCAGCAGCAGCAGCGGCCACCCUCCGGCAGUAAGUCUUCGUGAGUCGCACACACUUGGCCAAUAAGUCGCGGUAAUCAUUACUCGCUGUCUGAUAAAUUGCCGCUAAAUGAGCUUAGUCUCGGCUAGUGACGAUCAGCUGUUGUUUCGCGGAAUCACGUUACAUUGGUGUGUCUGUGUGAGGCUCGACCCAUCAUGCUCAUGACUACGGGGAGCAGCCGCGAGGCGCCCACGCCCCGCCCAGCCGGCCACCCUGUGUCUAUUUAUCAGGUGUUUAAUGUUCUCCUGGGGAAACCCGAACAGGUAAACCUAAAUGUUGUUCGUAAUAUAAUAAUAAUAAUAAUAUUAAUAUUAAUAAUAAUAAUAAUAAAAAUAUAAAUAAUAAUAAAGUGUGGUU